AUGGCGGCAGCAGCCGGACACUCCCAACCCCAAUCUGGUCGCCCAGCCCGGUCCGAGUUGCGCCCAUAUGGAGAUAGUACGGGGGGCGUAGCCACCCGAAUGACUUUCUUCAAGACUACCAGAACAUCAACCACGAAGAUGCUCGCCCCCGUCCCAUCCACAACCGGGGUGUCACUUACCACUCAAACAGCCGAGAAAGGACAAACCCAGGGGUGA